UCUCUCUCUUCGGCCAUGUCAAAGCAAGGAGCCAGCAACAUGAUUGAUGGAGACUCAAAAAUGCCCGGCGAUGGAAGAGAAGAAAGCUCUUUGGGAUCAAUAGCAGAGAGAAGCGAACGGGAAGUUGGACGGAAGCAAGGAAUUGUCUGGAGGAAUGUCAUCCUAAUGGCCUUGCUCCAUUCUGGUGCUGUAUAUUCACUGUUCCUUAUCCCCAAGGCCCAUCUGUUUACUCUGAUCUGGGCAUACCUGUGUUUCCUAGUGACUGCCCUGGGAGUGACAGCUGGGGCCCAUCGCCUGUGGAGCCACCGAUCUUACAAAGCCAAGCUGCCUUUGCGGAUAUUCCUGGCUGCAGCCAACUCUAUGGCAUUUCAGAAUGACAUUUUUGAAUGGUGCCGGGACCAUCGAGUGCAUCACAAGCACUCCGAGACGGAUGCCGACCCCCACAACGCUGGCCGUGGCUUCUUCUUCGCCCACAUUGGCUGGCUCUUCGUCCGGAAGCAUCGAGAUGUCAUCGAGAAAGGGAGGAAACUGGACUUCAGUGACCUGCUGGAAGAUCCUGUUGUUAGUUUUCAAAGAACGCACUAUAAGGCUUCAGUCGUGCUGAUGUGUUUUGUCAUUCCUACUCUUGUGCCUUGGUACUUCUGGGGGGAGAGUUUGUGGAAUUCAUACUUUCUCGCGUCAAUCCUCCGUUACACCGUCUCGCUCAACGUCUCUUGGCUGGUCAAUAGUGCUGCCCACAUGUACGGCAACCGGCCUUAUGACAAGAAUAUCAAUCCUCGGCAGAAUACACUCGUCUCUAUAGGAGCUAUUGGUGAAGGUUUUCACAAUUACCACCAUACCUUUCCAUUUGACUACUCAGCUAGUGAGCUUGGCUUGAAAUUCAACCCAACCACGUGGUUCAUUGACUUCAUGUAUUUGUUGGGUUUGGUCACUGAGCGGAAGCAUGCGCCCAGGGAAAUGAUUCAAGCUCGCAAAGAGAGGACUGGGGACAGGAGUUCUUGAGGAACAAAGCGAGUCUCUCAACAUGGCUGCUGCUGUAUGUGUUGUUUGUAUGUUUCUUCAUGGGGAGGGUGGGUCUCCUUACCCCCACAACAUUCCCCUUAGAAUGGGAGUAGUUUUCAUUGAACAUAGGCCAAAUUAAUUCCUGGAUUAAUUCCAUUUCAUUUAGUGCAGUGGUUUUCAAAUUUUCUAUUGGUAGGCAAAAGUUUUGACAUUAAUUCACCUCUGAAUGUUGAGAGAAUACCGAGGCAUGUUGUAAAGCAAAGGCAGGAAGUCUCCAGUCUUUCAGGAUCUACUUUGUUUUUUACUAGCACCCCGUGAUCCACCA